AUGUUCGACACAACCUACCGGCCGUCUUCCGCUCAGCGUUUGGCGGAUCAAAUGGAACAGUUGAACGAACGCCCUGUGCCCAACUGUACAAUGGAAGAUUUGUCAGUAGGCGAUGUGUUUAGUUCCCAGAUGGACAUUGAGCCGGAAAAGGAAGGAGUCACGAGUAACGCAUCGCACGGUCUUGGACAUGCGCAAGCCAAUGACAUCCCCGCACCGAGCCGUACGAACCUUCCUACUGCAGGAGCUCAAGUGUUACAGCUUCACGAGAAGGCAGUGAGCCGUAGAAAGAAGAAAGGGAAGCGAGCCGAAGUUGAAGUUGGACGUGGUAAUCCGGCACUGUCCACAGUCCGAGGUUUCACUCCUAUGGCUUCCGGUGAUGAGGACUCUGACAUGUCUACUGCUGGAUCCCGGGUUAUGUCGCCGCAACUCAAUGCUGUCCCUCCUACCAACAUGCCAAGUGGAAUCAGCACAUUGAAACUGCAACUCGACGCACUAAGUCUAUCCGAGAGAGUUCCUCGCUCGGGAGACUCUGUCAUUUCAAGCAACGCUAGUGUGUCCUCUGAUAGCGACCGGACUGAAGUCAUGACCAGUUAUGAGGUACCUCUUGAGCAUGAUUUUGUUAGUGAGGAAGCUGCGGCGGAAGAGCAGCUGUCUAGCAGUGUCUGCAACACUCCACAGAAUGACUUGUGCAGGAAAAUGACUAGUCGCGACUUUGAACAACUGAUGUGUCUCGGAAAGGGUACUUUCGGAACAGUUCUGUUGGUACGCCACAAGCCAACUGGACGCCUAUAUGCCCAGAAGCAAUUCCGUAAGGCUUCCAUCACCGUGCACAGAAAGUUAGUGGAACAGACCAAGACAGAACGCAUGAUCCUUGAAAGUGUCAAUCGUCACCCUUUCGUGGUUAAGCUCUUUUACGCCUUUCAGGAUCAUGAGAAGCUGUACCUCAUCCUUGAGUAUGCUCAAGGCGGCGAGUUGUUCACUCAUCUUGCAGCGGAACGUAUGUUCAGCGAAGACACUGCGGCUUUCUACAUGGCCGAAAUGGUUCUUGCUCUUGAACAUCUGCACCAGACCGUUGGUGUUGUGUACCGAGAUUUGAAACCAGAGAAUUGUCUCUUGGACUCCGAAGGUCAUUUGCUACUUACAGAUUUCGGCUUGAGCAAAGUCGCAGUCAACGAUGACGAUCGUUGCAACUCGUCCCUAGGCACGAUUGAGUACAUGGCUCCUGAAGUUAUUCUGGGCAAGCCCUACGGCAAGGCCUGUGACUGGUGCGAACAAUCAUGCGAAAAUCCAGGAAAAGAUCGUCAAACAGAAGCUGUCAUUGCCCUAUUAUCUUGGACCCGAUGCGAAAGACUUGCUCAUCCGAUUACUUCGUAA